UCAUCACGCUAUAAAGAGCUAAAGGGUAAAGGGAGGCGGUGUCCUAAUGACAGCAGCCACUGGGCCACUCCUUUCAACUGAACGUUUGGAGGCUAGGGGCGCUCUUCUCUGUCCUAAAAAAAAAAAAAGCCAAAGGGCAGCGUUGGCUGCUGAAAGCCUGACGGCCAGUACUCAGGGCUCUUUCAGAGUCAGGCAGGGUCUGCGGUCGCACUUGUUGCCCAGGCGUGCAUAGCCCGCAGCCACCCCGGGACGUACCCCUCCCUGCGCCCCUCUCCAAAAGGCGGCGCUGCGGCGGUGAGCUGCAGGGAAUCCCCAGCUGCGGUGGGCCGGCAUGGUGAAUAUAAUUGAGCUCAGCCACAGUUAGAAGGUCAGCGAACCCUUCCCGCCGCUGGGCUUCGGAGGAGAUGGGCCGCUACUCGGGCAAGACUUGCAAGUUGAUCUUCAUGCUGGUGCUCACCACCGGUUUCUUCGUGGCUGAGCUGGUGUCGGGCUAUCUGGGCAAUUCCAUCGCUCUUAUCUCGGACUCUUUUAACAUGCUGUCCGAUCUGAUCUCGCUCUGCGUGGGGCUCACAGCCGAGUUCAUCCUUCGCCGCCACACCCGAGGUUCCCGAGCCACUUACGGUUACAGGCGAGCAGAGGUAGUGGGGGCAUUGAGCAACGCCGUCUUUCUCAUAGCCUUGCGUUUCACCAUUUUCGUGGAGGCCAUCCUGCGCCUGGCCCGGCCAGAGCAUAUUGAUGAUCCAAAACUAGUGCUCAUCGUAGGGGCCCUGGGACUGGCGGUCAACGUGGUGGGCUUGCUGAUCUUCCAGGACUGUUCCUCCUGGUUCACCUGUGGCCGCCGCCGGCGACGUCUGAAUGGCAGCAAAAGAGGUCCCUCGGCACCUCCGGAGGCAGUAAGCGCGCAGCAGCAGCAGCUGUCUGUGCCAACUGCUGAAGUACCGGGUUCGGAUUCGGCCCUAACUCUCCGGGUGGCCUCCGACCCUCUGAAGGCGGAGAAAGGGGUGACUCUGCAGCCGCGUGAAGCAGGUGAUUCUUAUAACACCCAGAAUGAACCUCAAGAGGAGACUAUGAAAAAAGAGAAAAAGUCGCAAGCCCUGAAUAUCAGAGGUGUUCUAUUGCAUGUAAUGGGAGAUGCACUGGGAUCUGUGGUUGUAGUAAUUACUGCUAUCAUAUCCUAUAUGGUUCCUCUGGAGGGAGAUAAACCAUGUAACUGGCAGUGCUACAUUGAUCCAAGCCUUACUAUUAUCAUGGUCUUCAUCAUUUUGUCAUCUGCUUUUCCACUCAUCAAGGAGACAGCAUCCAUCUUACUACAAAUGGUUCCUAAAGGUAUCAAUUUGGAGGAAUUGGUGGGCAAGCUGUCCAAUGUACCUGGUGUUAGCAGCAUACAUGAAAUGCACAUCUGGGAACUUGUAAGUGGGAAGAACAUUGCCACUCUCCACAUCAAGUGCCAAAAGAGCAAAGAUUACCAAGAUGCCAAUUUUAAAAUGCGGGAAAUUUUCCACAGUGCAGGGAUCCAUAAUGUAACCAUCCAGCCAGAAUAUGUGGACCAGGAGGAAUCCUUGGAUCAGGACUUGAUGCUCCUCUGUAACUCACCGUGCAUCUCCAAAGCAUGUGUGAAUCAUCUCUGUUGCCCUCCAGAGAUGCAAUCCCUUACUCACAUCAAUGUUUGUGCAGAGCCCAAUGGUUGUCCUCCAACUGCAACAUAUAGGAGUGAUGGCUUAAGUCGAAAUGACACAGCUGCAAUUAUCAUCCAAACAGAAUGUCAUGGUGAUAGUGGGCCAGCCGCUAAAGAGAAACAAGGAGAUCUGAUCUUUGUCAAUAGCACCCAUUUUUAAUUUGGUCUCAGCUUUGAAAGUCAACUGAUUGAGAAAAGCAGCUUAACCACCAGUCACCUCAUGCUAAUUCUUGUGGGACAGAUUUCCUGAAUGAUGACCAAUAACCAAAAUUAGUAAUGUAAUAAUGUGUUAAAAUAAGGGAUGAAGUCCUUUUAAAAAAUUUGGGCAAUUUUAAGAUUCACAAGCUCUUCCUACCCCACCCUACCUAAACUAUACAGGUGAAUAUUGUUACCCUGUUGACCUAUUAACCUGUAAACCUAUGUGUUUAUCUGAGCAUCUUCCCUUUAGUCAAGAACAUUAGUUUGAACAUUUAUUUCCUGAAGUAAAUUAAAAAAGUGUAGAGACAAUGUGAACUAGAGACUAAUUCAAUAUUUUUGGAGGACUGGGAUUUGAAUAUUCUCUCCUCCUUACCCUGACCCUUUUUUGGGAAUCAUUUUUGACUGAGUUAUUUUAGUCUACUGAGGUGAACUCUGGAUAAUAUAAGCUUUUCUGUUGUGCUUUUCUGAAUCAUCAAUAAUGAAUUUCACAGUAGUGUUCUAUUCUGUCCUUCCAUCUCUCUUACAUCUUCUCUUUGAUAGAGAAUAAAAUGGGGUCUUAAUAAGCUCGAAAAGACUGGAACAGUAGAAGAGAUCAUUGAGUUCAAUAAAAGAAAUUUUUUUUUCUUCAUAAUAUAUUUGCUUAAGAGGUGGAGAAACAAA